CUCAAAAGAAGCUCUGUGGGAACUGGGAAGAAGACGAUGGGAGGAGGAGUUAGGCCACCAUUUUUAGCUGUAAACGGCAGUUGGUUAUUUGAAAAAAAUGGACAAUCCCUGAGGACUGCAGCAUAGGGAGAACGAUGUGCCACGUUAACAUGUUCCAGUUCUGGAAACUUCAGCACCUCAUGUUUUUCUUCUAUAUGUGAAAGAGAUUAUACAUUUUAAGUGGCGGAUAUGAAGAGUGAGGUUCCUUCAGAUGCACCAGACACACAGGAAAACCUAAAAGGGGUGCUCCUUAACCCUGAACCUAUUGGAACUGCCAAAAACUUUCCAGCUGAAGUUGAGAUGAUUUCCAGCAAUGUGGGUAAAGAUUUCUCUCACUUGUGCAGUGACUCCAAUAAAUCUCAGAGGGGCUUAAACAAUAGUGAGUCUGACCAACAAAAAGGCCUAGUAGCUCGUAAAAAGAGGAAAACCCAGCAGGCUGGUCCAUCCUAUACUCAGAGCUGUGAGGUUAAGGAAGGUCAGACGUUGUUGGGACUUAGGCUAGAACCUCAAAGUGAUGAAGACAAUGAAUCAUCAUUUAGUGAUUGUGUCUCUUCACCUUCAUCCAGCUCACAUUUUGGUGAUUCUGAUACAAUGACAUCAGAUGAAGAUAAAGAUAACUCUAAGAGAUUCUCUCCUGCAGGUGUGAACAUAUCAACAAGAACUCACAGCUCAAGGGUUCAGAAAUGGCCUCGACCUCAGUCUGAAACUGUUUCUAACUUGCUGAUGAAAAGGCCCUGUUAUCAUGUGAGCACCUUGAGGAGGCCUGUGCACCGAAAAAAGUUUGUAAAAAAUGUUUCAACUCCGAGGACUCAGAAGCAAAAGGAACGGAUAUUGAUGCAGAGGAAGAAAAGGGAGGUAUUAGCUAGGCAGAAAUAUGCGUUGCUUCCAAGCUCCAGUAGUUCCAGUGAGAAUGACCUUAGCAGUGAUUCUGCCUCCAGUUCUUCCACUGAAGGAGAAGAGGACAUGUUUGUUUCUUCUGGAGAAAACCACCAAAAUGGUACCACUCUUCCUUCAGGUAGUAUUGAUGAAGAUGUUGUAGUUAUUGAAGCCUCCUCUACUCCCCAAGUUCCCAACAAUGAGGAAAUCAAUGUUACCUCGACUGACAGCGAAGUGGAGAUAGUUACAGUCGGUGAAACGUACAGAUCUCGAUCAGCUCUUGGACACACUCGAUCUCAUUGGAGCCAAAGUUCAAAUUCACAGUCUGGAAGGCAACAGGAGCAGCGGAGUCGCAGUAGGGUGUCCACAGUUAUCCAGCCUCUAAGGCAAAAUGCUACUGAAGUUGUGGAUCUCACUGUAGAUGAAGAUGAUCCAACAGUUGUGCCAACUACCUCUGGCAGAGCAGAAAACGAUCAUGUCCGUGCUGUUUGCAGUAAUACCUCUACCUCAGAGCCGGCCUCUGAUGUUGUGUCAGGCCCAUCUGGAGGCCAUGCUUCCACAGUGCCUGAGACAACCACAGUUGUUCCAAACAGCAACACUGCUGGAUCCGCAGCAGAUGAUACUAGUCGAACAAGUUCUGGUACUGCUGUGGAUGGUGGCCCUCCUGCGAUGCCUCGGCUUCCAACUUGCUGUCCCCAACACUCACCUUGUGGAGGAUCCUCACAGAAUCACCAUGCUCUGGGACAUGCACAUUCAAGCUGUUUCCAGCCUCAUAGUCACCACUUCCCUCAUCAUCACCACCACCAUCACCACAGCUCUCAUCCUGCUGUUUCGCUGUCCCCUUCCUUCACAGACCCACACUGUCCUGUGGAAAGAAAUGCCACUGUGCCACCUCCUUGUGGUGCAGCUAGCAGCUCUGGAACUAGCUAUCAUGAUCCACAAGCUUUGCCAGUCGAUUUGAGCAACAGUGGUAUAAGAGGCCAGAGUGUUAGUUUUCACAGUACUUCUGCCUUUGAUCCAUGCUGCCCAGGCGCGUCAUCACGAUCUACAGUAUACGGACAUCAGUCAUCUGUCAGCACUGCACAAACCUUGUCUAUUGAUGUCUAUGGAACUAACAUGGUAGCUCAGCCGCAACCUCCUCCCCAGACAUCUCUGUCAUCCUGCCGGCACUACAUGCAUGCUCCCUAUCCUCCUCUUACAAGACCCCUCCACCACCAAACUUCUGCUUGUCCUCACUCUCAUGCCAACCCUCCACCACAACCUCCACCUCCACCACCCCCUCAAAUGGACUAUGUCAUUGCUCAUCCAGUACAUCCCUUCCAUCCUACCCUUCCAAGUCUCUCCUCUGCACAUCCUGUCCCUCCUCCACAGCAAUCCCAUCACCUGAGCAGCCCCACAGCACCUCUUUCCCAGCAUCUGACAACAUCCCACCAUAUGUCGGCCACAGCACCUGCCACACAGAGGUUGCAUCCUCAUGAGGUCAUCCAGAGGAUGGAGGUCCAGAGGCGGCGUUUGAUGCAGCAUCCAACGCGUGCCCAUGAGCGCCCACCCCCACAUCCUCACAGAAUGCAUCCUAACUAUGGUCAUGGACAUCAUAUUCAUGUGCCUCAAACAAUGUCCUCUCAUCCUCGUCAAGCCCCUGAGCGUUCUGCUUGGGAAAUUGCAAUUGAAACUGGAGUGACUGCAGCUCCUUACCAAACUGGGCCAUUACAUCCACAUCUAGCUCACUAUCACCCUCCUCCUCGGCUUCAUCACCUGCAAAUUGGAGCUCUUCCUUUAAUGGUUCCAGACAUGGCGGGCUAUCCUCACAUCCGCUACAUUUCCUCUGGAUUGGAUGGAAGGUCAUUCAGAGUUCCUUUCAGGGGCAAUUUUGAGGAGCUAAUUCAUUUAGAAGAACGUCUUGGAAAUGUGAAUCGUGGAGCUACUCAAGGGACGAUAGAACGGUGCACUUAUCCACACAAGUAUAAAAAGGUAUCCACUGAUUGGUUCUCACAGCGGAAACUGCACGGCAAGCAAGACGAUGAGGAAGCUACUGAAGAAGACACUGAAGAAAAAUGUACUAUUUGCCUUUCUAUAUUAGAGGAGGGUGAAGAUGUCAGGAGACUUCCGUGUAUGCAUCUAUUUCAUCAAGUGUGUGUGGACCAGUGGCUGAUCACAAAUAAGAAGUGCCCUAUUUGUAGAGUGGACAUUGAAGCUCAGCUACCUACUGAGAGUUGACAAUUCACCAAUACAGCAUUAUGGCCCAUGUUCCCUCCGGUACUUCAGCCAACCAAAGAUGGCAUGACUUAACUGCACAGAUGUGGAAUCAUUAAACCUAGUGUGCUGGCUCUGCCUCAGUAUACAACUAAUGCUAUAAACUACCAUUUGUAUACAGAACAUACUUAGGUCCUUUACUGCUGGCAAGUUAAUUGUAGCAGGGAAGGGUAAACAUAUUUAAAUUGCUUUGUUUUAUUUCUUUUAUUAUUUUUUUUUGUUAGUUUUUUUACAGUUUGUUUUACUAUCUGUAUUUUGCAUGAUUCCUUGUAUUGCAUUUCUUUGCACAUAUUAUGGGCUUUGUGAACCCUUAAACUUGCAGGCAAGAUCUCGCUGCUCUAGUGAGUAGAAUUGUGAGAGUGUGCGUGCGUGUUUUACAUAGUUCCUGGCUAAAUUACAAUAACUUUAUUCAUUACUAACAGUGACGUCCUUAAUUUAAUCAAUCAUGAAUUUUUAGUUUAUAAUGUAUAAAGAUCUCUGAGGGCAAAGGAAAAUAAUGUAUGAAAACAUUCCUUUUUUUUUUUUUUUUUUUUUUCCUCCAUGGAAAGACUGUCUGCUGUAUAAAGAGUGCUGAAACAAAUAACAUUCUUUUUAAUGCUGAUUUCACAAUCCUCGGAAACUAACCUAGAAUACAUGCCACACUGUUUUGUUUUAAUACUUUUUUAUUUUUUAAAUGUGUUUUAAGUUCCCUUUAGCACAAAGCAAAUAUAUUUAAAUGUCAAUAUUAAAAAAAAAAUUUUAGUCUACUGUUCACAAAUAUUUAUUUCUUUACUGAUGUAAUAUUUUGUUUUUCUUUGCUUCUGUGAACUGCUCUUUCAAACUGUCUUCUAGCAAGUAGUCACCUGUUCUUCCUAUUUGUGAUUACAAAAAAAAAAUCAUCAAAGGAAAAGCAACAUGAAAUCUCUAGUCUUAAUAAACUUUUAUGGCAGGUAUCCAUGCAUCAAGCAAACUUUUUUCAAAGUCCGCUCAUGUUCUCCAAGGGGUUUCAGAGUUAAUAAACUUGGCUAAAUGCA